AAAAAUUUGUCUUCUAUUUCAUUACGCGCAAACUGACUUUACAUCAACGAUUAUGCUAUGGGUGAAAGAAAACGCGAACGUAUUCCAAAAAGACGUAGGUCUUUAUUGCGGGGGACUCAAAAGUCCUCCUCAGACUCUGAGGUAGUCCCGUCGAAAUUCAAAGACAACAAGACCAGGGCUCGAGAUUUACUGCCAUGGCCAAAGUCUCUCGAGACUCUCACGGUCGACGAACUCGCACGCUACAGACGCAGGCGAGUACCAGAUAGUCCGAAGGACACCUUGGGAUCUCGUAACCAUGGAGACAAAGACAAUGAAUUUGAAAACCUUUCUACGGAGUACAGGAGAGCUUUUAGAGCUACCAGUGAAGAAUCGCUGCUGAGAGUUGACGAUUUGAGAACUUGUGCUCAAGAUUUUGGUGGUAGUUUCUCUAUCGAGGCAAUAAAAAGCCCGGAAAUUAAUGCCAAUGACAAGUCCAUGGAGGCUAUUGACAUUUCUAGGGUUCCUGAUUUGUCAAGACCUUCACCGAUUCGAAGAGACACUAGUUUGAAACCCGGCGGAACAUUUUAUACGGACACGGAAUCAGCAAACUACAAAAUAUAUGAGGGUAUCCAUCGUGCGGAACUGGCACGUCGGCCGACUUCUUUGAAGAUGGAGGGAGACAUGCGGACUGUCACCGAGCAGUGUGAGAAGUUCAUCGAGUGGUUGAACGUCAGUAGACCUGAGCUCGCACGUAUUCCAACUAAUCUAAAGCUGGAAGGACAAUUUGAAACGUCUACAGAGAAUCAUGACCAGUAUGUGCCAUUUGUUGGGGCUAGAAGACCGGAAAUACUUCGUCAAAAAGCUCAUCUAAAACUCGAGGGAGAGUCGAACUUCGUUCCCGAGUACACCGCAGUUUUUAAAGCUCAUGCUGCUCAAGCCAAAAGAUCUCUAAAAGUGCCAGAGUCACAUUUAAAGUCUGGAGGAGACUUCAGUGGAAGGACUGAAAACUAUCAAAAUUUUGUUGAUCCACGAGGUGCUGUUCCUAUGGAACAGAGUCACAAUAAUGUUAUCGAUCAUAUUGAAGAGUCGAAACAAGAAUUGGAACGGAAGAAAGAACAAGACAUGAAGAUGUUGGUAUCCAAGCUAGAGGAUCUCAAAGGGCCACCUCUUGGAGUUCCUGAAUACAAAGAUGCUUACAAGGAUUUUCCUAGAGAACGACCAAAGUUAUUAAAACCCGAAGAUGAAAUCGGUCGCGCAGAUGGUUCUAAAGUUAACUCACUAAAUAGUGCAGGAAAAUUUCCAACGAAAAUUGACCAGGAUCCUGAAUACAAGUCCAAGUAUAUCGACAGAGAUCGUCCAAUUUAUCGUAAGCCACCUCUAUCCCGACGACCAUCCAUAGGUUCGUCAGGUUUCAACAGACGUUUAGUCCCAGACUUACGACAAUACCAUCCAACAAGUGAAGUUAGAUCUCAGUAUGUGCCUUACGGUAAUAUACCGCGAACAGAAACCCUUAGAAUGCCGGUUAAUUUACGUCCCGAGGGUGACAUGAAUCUCCAGCCGGAAUAUCGUGAUGCCUAUUGUACAAAAAGAGACUAUUCGGUGACUGAUAUCAAGCAUCGGCAUCGUGAUCGCAGUCUCACUGAUUUUCGCAGACAUGAAAAUAACUGGCUUGGCAAUAAUAAUGAUGAUCAACUGGGUGUGGGUUAUAAUAAACAUGAUCAGAAUGCCUUCCAAGUACUCAACUCGCGAGUCGAAGAUGAAAGUAUCGUUGAUAAGCCGCCACCAGGAGGCAGAAGGGGAUCUAGAGGAUCGAUACAAGUCUCAAGACCAACUGGACUGGACAUUAAUCCAUCAGCAACAGAAAACCGAUCGCCAAGUCCUACAUAUCGUCUCCAUGUUUGCAAUGUAGAUGACGAACCUCGAGGGUUUCGACGUCGACGACGUUCAUCUCUUCAACACAAACCUCCGAGUCCACCACAAGUUACGGAGCUAGAUGACACACGACCCUACUCUCCAAGCUUCGGAAAGGAAUUGAAAAAUUCAAAUGACAGCAAUAAUCAAGCUUUCGUUGUUCUUGACAAUACUACGGCGGCAUCGAGAGCCAAUCGAGCAACAGAAAGCAGUAGAAAACGUUUCAACAGAAAUUAUAAUUAUGAAAGCAAUGUUGGCGAGUCUAGAAGAAGAGCUAGGAACAAAACGCCGUCCAACUGGAUGCCUCCAUGGUACGACAGUACCAGUACAAUGUAAAAAAUAUUUAGAAGUGCCUUAUAAAUAUAUCUGGUCAUUGAUAUUUACUUUAUACUUAUCAAUUUUAUUUGUAACAAAUAUUAAAAAUAAAAAAUAG